AUGCAGCAUCCCAAGAUCCUCUUCAUCGACGCAUACGACUCCUUCUCAAACUCCAUCAUCGCCCUCCUCAGAGCACAGCUACCUGUCAUAGUAGAGAGCGUCAGGAUAGACGAUCAACGCUUCGUCCUCAACGACGAAGCCUUCUACUCCUACCUUGAUGGAUUCCACGCUGUCGUCGCAGGUCCUGGACCUGGACAUCCUGCCAAGUCAGAAGACGUCGGAUUGAUUGGUAAAAUAUGGAGAGUACCUCAAGAAAACACCAUUCCCGUGCUGGGAAUAUGUCUCGGCUUUCAGAGUCUGUGCCACGCUUUCGGUGGCAAAGUUGCCAGACUUCGUGAGCCGCGACAUGGCAUUAUGGCUAUAGUAGAACAUGACGAAGAAGACGUAUUCGCUGGAGCAAGGAAAAUCGUUGCGACUCAGUAUCAUUCUCUGCAUAUCCGACUGGACGAAGCUGAUUUCGCAAGCUGGACCUCUGAUCAAUAUUGGACUCCUUCUCUCACGUGUCCAGACCUGAAGCCUUUAGCAUGGGACCUCAUGAAUGUGGCAAAUGGGCCAAUUCUGAUGGCGGCUCGCCAUUGUGAGAAGCCGUUCUGGGGCGUGCAAUAUCAUCCGGAGUCCAUCUGUACCAACAAGGAGGGCCAGAAACUUGUCGGAAAGUGGUGGGAAGAAGCUUGUGCUUGGAGGGCGUUGCAUCGCAAGACCGUAUCUCAACCUGUGGUAGAUGAGAAUAAAGCCCUCCCCAAAGCUGAGGGUUGGAAAGCCGCCGAGAGACUUGCUAGUCUGCCGGGCCGAAAGGUCGCAUGGAAAAUCAUCGAGACCAAGGCAACCAGGUUGGACGUGGCAGAUGUCGUGGAUUUGCUGCGUAAGGAGUUGAUAUGCGAGGAACCACUGCUCUUGGAGUCUGGGACGCGCAGCAAUGGCAAGCCCGUCAAUCCGGAGACAGGUCGCUUCAGCAUCAUUGGGCUGCCUGACUCUUCGUCGAUGCAUAUCCGCUAUUCCACCUGCAAUCAUACUCUGGAUGUUAUCCAUGACGGCGAGAUCGCUCUUCGAAGGCCGCUGAACGUGCAUGAAGCCUUUACUCAUAUCGACGAGCACAUGCGAAGUCAGACCGCCGUCAAUGGUCCCAACGGCUCUCCCUUCUGGGGCGGCCUGAUUGGUUUCAUCUCGUAUGAAGCUGGUCUUGAGACGAUCGAUGUGCCGCCGUCCGCUGCAAAGUCCGAGCGACCAGACAUCUGGUUUGUUUUUGUGGAGAGGAGCGUCGUAGUGGAUCAUGUCGCGGGCACGGUCUAUGUCCAGUCUGUGCGUAUGGACGAUGAUGAGUGGAUGAAGAAAGUUGUGAGUCUGUUGCGGCGCCCAAUACCCUCCUCUGGCGAUGGCGCGAAGAUCACAGCUAGUCUGCUCGAUGGCCCGGAGAAGGACGAGUAUUGCCAGAAGGUCCGUGAUUGCCAAUCUCAACUGCGAGCCGGCGAAUCGUAUGAGCUGUGCUUAACCGACCAGUCCACAAUCCAAGUUCCUGCCGACGGAUGGUCUUUAUACCGCCAACUGCGAAGUCGCAACCCAGCUCCCUUUGGCGCCUAUCUCCGCCUUCAGUCCAAAAUUGGUCCUGGUGUCUCUGUCGCUGGCAGCAGUCCCGAGCGCUUCCUCUCCUGGUCGCGAGCAGGUAAAUGCCAAUUCCGGCCGAUCAAAGGCACUGUCAAAAAGGCUCCUGGUGUUACACGCGCUAAAGCCGAGGAGAUACUGGGAUCCGCCAAAGAGCGCGCGGAGAAUCUGAUGAUUGUGGAUCUGAUCCGACACGAUCUGGCCGGUGUUCUCGGUGGCAAUGCUGUUCGCGUGCCGAAGUUGAUGUCCAUUGAGGAGUACGAGACCGUCUUCCAGCUUGUUUCUGUUGUCGAAGGGGAUCUUGAUGAGAACACGUCGGGCUCUGCUGCUCUCGCUGCGUCUUUGCCUCCUGGCUCGAUGACCGGCGCGCCGAAGAAGCGAUCUUGUGAGUUGUUGAAGGAGAUCGAAGGCGGCAAGCCUCGAGGCCUGUACAGCGGUGUGAUUGGGUUCUUCGACGUGCGCGGAGGCGGUGACUUCUCGGUGGUGAUCAGGACGGCUUUCAGGUGGGACGAUGAGGACGAGGGCGAAUGGAAGAUUGGUGCUGGAGGUGCGAUCACGGCCCUGUCGGAGGCGGAGGCGGAGUGGGAGGAGAUGGUGACGAAGAGGGAGAGUGUGCUCAACGCCUUAUUGUAG